UGAUAGGGUUGUGAGAGUGUCCAUUGCCAUGGCGUCCCCUCUCCGCAGCCAUAUCAUGUCGGGCCGGGUGCGCUCCAACCCUCCAUCCGGUAUCGUCCAGUUCUGCUGGUAGGGGAGACCUCGGGCGUUGUGCCCCUGGCUCAGGGCGCCCCCAGCUUGUCGCUCACUCUUGGCGCCCCUGGGGCCCACUGGGCCUCGCGAGGGGUGCCCUGUAGAGGUCGGGGGGGGCUCCGUGGGAAUCCUGGGGACACCUUGGGCCUCAGGUGCACUUCUGGCAACACCCGACAGCAUGAUCACACGGAGAUGUGUGCUACUCAUGGUCGCACAGAUGGUGUUGUUGUCUUUCUCGUCGGUUGACAGCAUGCAAGUGGGAGGCACGCUUUUCAAGAAGAGCCGCCGAUCAUGGGCGCAGCUUCGCCCGCAUUUGAUGAGUCAGUUCUUCACACCGUACGAGCAGUGCCUGUUCGCGAAACUCCAGGCGCGCAAUGAUUCAGCGAUUGCGUGCGAUACCAUUGCCGACAACAAGCGAGUUCAUUUGUUGCUUGACAAUAAGUGUUUGGGCGACGGCAAUGAUCCCAAGGCGACUCCAGAUUGUAAUGGGUUUAAUAAUGUCGAUGAGCAGGUCCUCCGUUGGGAUGCCACACAGGGUGGGCCAGACUCUAAACCUUCGACGUUUCUUGACGUCGUACAGCGCCUCCCAUCCGGCACAAACACCAUCAACGGGGACUGGUGGAUUCUUUUCAUCGGGGAUUCUACCAUGAAGCACGUCUACAAGGAAGCAGUAUGCAGUCUCUUGCGCCAUCUCCCAGAAGACUCGUUGGAUGAUUUGACAUACUACGAGGGUGCAAACGGACCUUCGUUGGAAGUUAAUCAAAUCGGAACAGCAGCCGGAGCUAACAACAAUGCAGUGAAUGAAAAGAAGAGAGGAUUCUGGGCAACCCGCGUUCCAGCGUUUGGCAGAGAUGUUCUCAUCCUGUUCAGGCGGCACGAGGGUGUUGAAAAAGAUCGGGAUUCAGUGUCCAUACCCAGGGAAAAGUCCACAAUCCACGCAGACGAAGCGGAGCUUGGAACACUCAGGAUUGAGGCCGAUGAGGGGGAGGAGUCCACAUACAUAUUGUCCGCAGCGGAAGGCCGAUCAAUGUUUGAGACGAUUUGGAGACUACGGGGAGGCAUUCUUACUGUAGCCAGCCAGGCGUUCCAUGUAAGACCCGUUGAAAGAUAUGAGGGGAGUCUGUAUCCCUUCUUUGAUAUGUUGCAAUUCUCUGGCCAGCGAGCCAAGGCAAGGACAUUGUUCUUGGAACCCCAGGCGACGCAUUUCCCACACACGGGCGGCUUAUAUGAUGAUCUGGACCCAUCAAAGCGCAAUUUUUCGGUUGGCUCUAAUGGUUGCCGCCUUGAUGUUUCGGCCGACGCUGGCCCAGGCAAUUAUUACGGGAGCAUCGUGAACAAAGUGCUCGCAAGACACCAGUUUCCAAAUGUUACGUUGUUGCCGUUUUGGGAAGAAACAAGCACAAGGGGUGCUGUCCACCGCGGUAAAAACGAAUUUAGCUUGGAUUGCCUCCACAAUUGUCCUAACGCUUUGCUUCAUGAACCAAUUUGGGAGGGUAUGCUAAAGUCAAUCUCGCACCAAGAAUUUGACUAGCCUUUCAUGCCUCGGGACGGAGGGAGAGGCGGACCACAGUGGCAAGACCCUUGUGUGCAAAGCCGGUCUUUCCUAGCUGUCCAUGCCGGGGGGGGUCCCUGAAUAUCAUGCGCUGGCCUAUCUGAUCUAUCAGUUCUGUUUUCGCCGCAUUCGGCAGUGUGCGUGUAGAGGAGCGAGAUCCGAUAGGAUCUUGAUGCAUGACUUUUGGAUCGGGUGCGAGUCACCACGCCAAUUUGUGCGUUUCUGCGCAUUCGGCGCCCACUGGCGGCGGCCUGAUAUCUCGCUGGGGAAAGCUGGCAUAGACUAGAGACUUUUGUCGUACAUGUUGUUUCCGAGGGUAAAAUCGGGGGCGGCGGUACUCCUAUCGGUGCCCCGCAUAAAACAGAUGCCUCGAAGACGCCUCCGAGAGCCCAGACGACGUGCACACGCUGUGCUGUGGUGUGGCCCUGGCCUGCGCUUCGGAGUGCCCUCUCGAUCGGGGGGGCUGCUGGAGUCCUGCAG